UCUCCAACUACACAUGCGGUGUCCGACUCGGCCGUCGUUUUCUAUUUUGCUCGCUUCUUCGGUUACCGAUCUGUUUAAGUCGUCCCCGAGCAAGAUUCGUCAGUCAUCGAACAAUUCUGCGCUAGUUUAUUACACGAACUCCGAAUCUACAGGCUUAGAACUUACCGUACCGACCGGAGCUUCUUCUACCCAGUCGUUCAGAUCAGCGGCGCCAAGACAUCAUUGCCACUGUUGUCGUUUCCCUCUGCUCCAAGGAGUCCUGGCACUGGUCCCGCUAUCUAUUGCUUCUAUCCGGUUGUUACGAGGAGGUGGGGUGGACUGAAGAGAAGGGGGCAGAAAUUUUGGCGGAGAAUGAGAGGCCAGCCAAAGAGAAUAAUUCUUCGGUCUCGGUGUUGGGGAGUUGGACGCUUUUGGUGGCAUAGGAGGUAGGGAAAUGAUGGAAUUGGUUGAGGAGGUGAAUUUCGCGCUCUAUGGGUUCCGGCCCUGGCGGCCGGUUCGGAUUCGGCGGACAUGCUUGCUCUCUCUGCUAAACAUCUGCAGCAGGGAGGAGGGACGCCGGCUAAUUAAGGAACGGGGGAUGACCAAUAUGAUAGUUGAUGCAAUUUUGGACUUGAACUUUGAUGAUACUGUGAGCUCACUUGGUGCUACAGCUCUUUUGUACGUUUUGGCUAGUGAUGUUGAAGAUGAUGCUCUUCUAGAUUCCCCAGCUUGUGUACGUUUUCUUCUUAAGCUGAUGAGUUUACCUAUGGAAAGUGUUGAGAAGAACACAAUGAAAAUCGACUUUGAUCUAUCAGAAGUACACAAGUCUCAAUCAAUGGACAUUGCAAAUAAAGGAGUUGAUUCUACCUGCAGAGCUAUAAUUUCAAAAGUCAAAGAACUUCUUUCGCUUUUUAAUGACAGCAGAGCUGGCAGUGAUGGUGAUGAUGGGAUGAAAAAACCAGAGUUGAGCGCGAAAUGGAUAGCUUUACUGAUUAUAGAGAAAGCAUGCUUGUCUUCUGUCUCUUUCAAAGACAUGACUGAGAUGACUGAAAAGGUUUGGGGAAAUUUUAAAGAAAGUUUUAGAGAGCUUAAAGGACUAGAUGCAAUAUUUCAUGUUGUCACUGAUUGUCAUUCUACCCUAGAGGGUUGGUUUAAAAAGAAAUCUGUGUCAGUUUUAGCUUCGAAAGAUGGGGACAAUGCUUCCCUGGAAAGUGUUGUCCUUCUGCUCAAGUCUUUGAAAAUCAUGGAGAAUGCUACUUUUAUGAGUGAAGACAAUCAGAACUACUUGCUUAAAAUGAAGCCAAAAUCGGAAUCUGGAGGAGUGCCUUUGUCCUUUGUUAGUACUAUUAUCAGUUGCAUUAGGUUUUUAUCAGGCCUGACUCUCCGCUCGAGUAUUUCUAGCAUCUUGGACAAUGGGAAAUCACCCCUUUCUUCUUCUGGUGCUUGUAUGAUGGAAAAUGUUACAGAUAUGCAGGAUUAUCCUUCAACUUCUUACUGUGGCGCUAGGAAUUCUCAAUCAGAGAAGCUUGAAGUAUGCCAUAAACGUCAUAAGCCGUCUACUUCAAAGCUAGAAGUAUCUACAUCUGAUUGUGAUGUUUUAUCUGCAACAGAAAAAUCUGUUUGCCUUGCAUCUACUUCAUAUAAUACCACAUUACACUGUUCGAAAGCAGUAAGCUGCAGAAGUACCUUUGAUUCGAAAUUACAUGCAAAUCCUCAAGCUCCUAAUGACUGGAUUUCGAUACAGUCAAUUGAUUCUAGAGAAAUUUCCCAUGGACAUUCCAAGAGAAUUCAAAUCUCUAACAAUGGUGUGGGUGACUGUACUAGCGACCAUGAUGAUCCGUUUGAAUUUGAUGAAGAUAACAUGGGACUAUCAAAGUGGGAACAAUUUUCAUUAAGAAAAGGAAAAACUCAAACUAGAAAAAAAGCUUUCUUAGCUGAAGAGUAUGCCAAUGGAUACGAGCUUGUAGUCAUCGAGGAUGAAUCAAGUCAGCCUACUCGUGAAGCCAACAUACAAUCCAGUGAUAAAUCAUGUCCAUCGGUAGAUCAAAAGGUUUCUAUUUUUCUGGAGGACUGUCUUCUUACUUCAGUGAAGGUGCUUAUGAACUUAACGAACAAUAACCUUGUUGGCUGUCAACAAAUUGGAGCCUGUGGAGGUCUGGAUACUUUGGCUUCCUUGAUUGCUAGUCAUUUCCCAAAAUAUGACUUGUUUAUACCUACGGACACUGAAAUUGAAGAGAGUAUGACUUUCUUCAACAGAAGCAAAGUUUCUGGUCGUAUUAAUGAUAGAAAUCUAAAUGAUCAUGAAUUGGAUUUUCUGGUCGCUAUUCUGGGUUUGCUUGUGAACCUUGUUGAGAAAGAUAGUUUAAACAGACUGCGGCUAGCCUCUGCCCGUGUUUUAGUGACUCCGCCGGGAACAUCAACAAGCAUGGAAGCUUACAGGGAUGUAGUACCUUUGCUAUGCUCCAUUUUUAUGUCUAAUCAAGGAGCUGGGAAUGCUGCUAAAGAGGAAGAGGAUGAUGAGGCGUCUUUGUUGCAAAGUCAGCGUGAGGCUGAAAUGAUGAUCAUUGAGGCUUAUACAGCUCUACUGCUCGCAUUCCUCUCCACCGAAAGUACCACAGUGAAAGAAACGAUAGCCCGCUGCCUUCCCAAUCACAGAUUAGAAAUUCUUGUUCCUGUGUUGGAGAGAUUUGUGGCAUUUCAUCUGAAUUUGAAUAUGAUAUCGCCUGAAACACAUUCAGCAGUUGUUAAGGUGAUCGAAUCUUGUAAAGAGCCAUAAGAGAAAGGGCGACUUCGCUGCUUCAACACGAAUGCUGCAUUUCUUUUAUUUUUUAUUUUUUUAAUUUUUUAAAAAUUUUUAAAUUUGCAUUUAUACCCUUGAGCAGGAGCGUAUUUUUUGUCGGGACACCUGACGUAGCUCUACGUGCCCCUUAGAUUAUUCCUGAG